UUUAACGAUAUGACGACGUCUGUUGUACAACUGUUAAUUUUAACGUUUAUAUUUGUUAUUAUUUUUUGUUCCUAUGUAAAUUGUGAUUCGAAUAAUAAAUCAAAAUCUGGGAAAGGUAAAGCACGUUUUUUGAAUCGAAAAGUCUAUAGCAGAAAAAGAUUUGGUCCCAUUACUCUGAAUAAUUCUUCCACCGCUGAAAUAAUACACCAGGAAAACAUAACAGAAGCACCUCUAAUAUUUGAUGCUGAAAAAAGAAAAAAAGAAGGCCUGCCUCCUGUGAUAUCACAGUCAGUACUGCAACAAGAGUAUCCCAAGAAUCAAUGCUGGAUGAAUGUAAAUGCACAAAAUCAUUUCGAAACAAUGGAUGGAUUGGACAGUCGAUACGAAUCAGUGCGUAAGAAAUAUGAAGAAGCAAUCAAAAGCGACGACUUCGACAAACAAAUGUUGGAUAUGAUGCUCAAAACUAAAGGGGCGGCUGAACGAGUUUCUCAAAAAUCCAGCGGUGAUCCCGGGUUCAUACCGGCCGGGAUUAAUCUUGGAGGUUACAGCAUGAUGAGACUACAAGAUUCUAUUCUAUUCUUCCACCGAAUGAAGCUCAGGAACAAUACACACUUUCGCGUUGAUGUCUUGCAUAAUGAUUUAGCCAACAUGGUGCUGACUGCCAAGCUAUCGCUCAAUGAUCUCCACAUUCUGGGGGCUUAUGAACGUCUUAUUACUCAAUCUGAUCCAUCUGAACUCUUCUACAAGCCUACAUUUGGUGAAGUAGAAUUUCUAUUACGAAACGUGCAAUACAAUAUGGAAGGAAGGUACCGUUUGCUACGGAACAAAUUGACCAUCGAACUUGUUGUUUCCGAUAUAACCACAAACGACAUAUUGAUGACAUAUCAAAAUAAUGAAGAUACAACUAAACCUAUAACUUUACAACGGAAAAAUAUUGAUGAGUUUCUGGACAGAUUAAAAACGGACUUGGACAAAUGGUUGAAAGAUUACUUUAACGAUUAUUUAAUGUAUUUUGGUUUGGAGGGAAGUAAGGCUAAUGCUGAAUUAUUGGAAUAUGAGAAGGAAAAAACGCUUGCACUUGACGAUUAUACCGAUCAAGUUUUAGAAAAAAUGAAGAAAAGAUUAUUAGAAUUGUAUUUUGAUGCUGUUCAAAUUCCCAAAUUCACAGUUACUGCUGUUACUGGAAUGCAAAUGAAGCUUACAAAGGGUGUGCUACGGGGCUUAGACACAAUUCAUAGGAGAGGUCUAGCGACAUGUAAGAGAGAGGACAAGUUUCGUAAAAUAGACAUGACGAUUGGAUUUAGUAGUUUACAGGCAACUUAUCAUUACGAAGCCGUAUUCAACACAGGUGUGCCUCCGAUAAAUGGCGUAUUAUUUGUAACAGCUCAUGAAUUAAUAGCUCACAUGGGACUAAUUCUAACAAAAAACCCAGAAACUUUGAACAUAGUCAUUGACUCCUUAGAACAAGUAAAGCCAGAAUCAAUCACUGUAGAAGGACCUGCAAAUAGGAUUAUUGGAAAUUUUAAGAAUUUACUUGAACGUCACAUCUUCACAUUUAUUUCUAAUGCUAUUAUACACAAUGUAAAGAUGAUCAGUACUAUAACACAAUGUGAGCCAAGACUUAAUGCUUUUAACAUAGAAGAGCAAACAUUGUCCCAAGAAAACGAACCAAAUACUGACAAUCGCAAUAAAAAUGAGUUAAGUUACAAAAAUGAAGAACAGAUAAAUGAAACAUUAAAACAAACUAACGAAGCAGAAUCAAAUGAAAUGCUCAAUGGUAGCGGAAAUGAUGCUACUAAUAUUGAGAUAUCAAUUGAUAAACAUGAAGGCGACGCUGCACCCGGUAGUAGCGAAGAAGAAAUUGAAGGGGAAAAUCGAAGUAAUGUGAAAACAGAGGAAGUCGAAAGAAUCAAAGGUCCUAUGGUUUUUAGUGACGAAGAUCAAUCAAAGAGUGAAUCUUCUGAAAUCGAAAAAAAGAAAAAGAAAAAUGACGUUUUGCCAAAACACAAGCAAAAGCGUAAUAAAAAGAGUUCUAUAUUUAUAAACAAGAUACCAGGAAGAAAAAAUGAGAAAUAGACUUAUUAGAAGCACCAAAGUACAUAGAAAAUUACAAAAACCC